AUGUUAUCUCAAUACAACUAUGUGUUUGAAAAUGUCGACUAUCCAAAUGUCGAGAAAUUAAAGUUUUUGAAAAACCUAAUUAAUUCAUCUACUAAUACAUCUCAUCUGAUUGAAUACUAUUCAAAACGUGCAACUAUUUUUUACGAGAUGAAAAACUGGGAAGAUGUACUUACUAAUAUUCAGUUUGUCGAGCAACAUGGAAAGAUUGAUGACUCUUUGAUGGCUCUUAAAUGGAAAUCAAAAAUUCACGAUCAAAUGAGUAAAAUUCGAGACGCCAUGAAAGAUUGCGUCAACAAACAAGUUUUAGACAAUAUAGAUUUUAUGACUUUGUUAAACUCAAUUACAUAUGAGCAUGUAGAAGAAUUUAUUAAAAAGCGAAAACAAACAAAACAAGGCAGCAACAAAAGAUUAAAAAAAGAAUAG